AGGACAGCCACGGAACUUGUGAUGAGAGAAUAUCAGAAGGAUCCCACACGCUGUCAACACGGUAAACACCACCACCUUAAUCCCUCCCUUCUAUUCUUCUUCAUCAUCUGCCACUCUCUCUCUCUCCCUCCCUCCCUCCCUCCUAUCGAACCCGACCAAGAAGCUGCAACAAACACUGAGUUAUAAUCUUUAGAUCCUUUGCGCGGGAACAAGUUGGAAAUUUCGGACCGUGGGAUCUGGAUAGUAAGGAAGGGGCGCAAGAUGAGCGUGAAGGGGCCGAGGAUGAGGACCCGCUUGGGGAAGUACGAGCUGGGGAAAACGCUGGGAGAGGGAACGUUUGCGAAGGUGAAGUUCGCCAAGAACAUGGAGACCGGGCAGUGCGUCGCCAUUAAAAUCGUCCACCGUGAGCAAGUCCUCAGAAACAAGAUGAUCGAACACAUAAAAAGAGAGAUAUCAACAAUGAAGCUGAUCAAACACCCAAAUGUUACCCAGAUGUUUGAGGUCAUGGCAAGCAAAACUAAGAUCUACAUUGUUCUCGAGUUUGUUGAUGGGGGUGAGCUCUUUGACGAAAUAGCCAAAAAUGGGAGACUGAAAGAGGAUGAGGCCAGGAGAUAUUUCCAACAGCUCAUUAAUGCUGUUGAUUACUGCCAUAGUAGAGGCGUGUACCAUCGAGAUUUGAAGCCCGAAAACCUUCUUCUGGAUUCAUAUGGUGUCCUGAAGAUUUCAGACUUUGGUCUCAGUACAUUUGAACAGCAAGUGCGGGAAGAUGGCCUUCUUCAUACUGCCUGUGGGACUCCGAAUUAUGUUGCUCCUGAGGUGCUAAACAAUAAAGGUUAUGAUGGCACAUCAGCUGAUAUUUGGUCUUGCGGGGUCAUUCUCUUUGUACUCAUGGCUGGUUACCUGCCUUUUGAUGAACCAAGUCUUAUAGCGCUGUACCAAAAAAUCUGCAAAGCUGAAUUUUCAUGUCCAGGAUGGUUUUCAUCCGGUGCAAAGAAAAUGAUUCAGCGCAUACUUGAUCCAAACCCUGUAACGCGGACCACAAUUCCUGAGAUCUUAGAAAAUGAAUGGUUUAAGGAAGGGUACAAGCCAGCACAGUUCAAAGUGGAAGAGGAUGUAAAUCUAGAUGAUGUAGAUGCUGUUUUCGGCAACUCAAACGAAAAAUUAGUAACGGAAAGGAAAGAGAAACCUGUAUCAAUGAAUGCUUUUGAGCUUAUUUCUAGCUCAAACAGUUUCAACCUGGAAAAUUUAUUUGAGAAGCAAAUGGGUCUUGUGAAACGAGAAACCCGAUUUACUUCCCAACGCCCUGCAAAUGAAAUCAUGAACAAAAUUGAGGAAGCUGCAAAGCCUUUGGGCUUUAAUGUUCACAAGAGAGACUACAAGAUGAAGUUGCAAGGAGACAAGCAUGGCAGAAAGGGCCACCUCUCCGUAGCUACUGAGGUGUUCGAGAUGGCCCCCUCCGUGCACAUGGUAGAGCUCCGAAAAACUGGUGGUGACACACUAGAGUUUCACAAGUUCUACAAAACUUUCUCAUCGGGUUUACAAGAUAUAGUGUGGAAAUCUGAAGAAACUACUGAAGAAUCAAGGGCAUAAUAAAAACUCUUCUUUUGGUUCUUCUGAUCUGUUUUGGCCUGUGAUGCAUUUAGGUCUGAGACCUAUACAAAUGCAUAAUGGUCCAUGGAUGCAAAGGAAACUGGGAGCAUAUAUCGGGCAGCGUAGCCAGGCCUGAAGUGGUCCACGGUAACGAGAUAUGAAUCCCUCAGAACUGGGGUGGUCUGGAUUCUCUUCCUUUUAGUUCUAUGAAUUGAAUCCAUCGACGAUUUUGAAGAAACAAUUAUAUAUCAUUAGAGUGAAGUGAGAAAUUCUUGAUUCCCUGCUGUGAUGGAAGAUCGAACAAUGAACAUUCUUGAUUGUACUUUCCAAUUUUUUGACAGUCAUGUGAUACUUUGUUCAUGAUCAUCCCCAUGUAGCCAGCGAGUUCAAUUUUAAUUUUGAUAAGAACUUUGUGAUGUUAUUUAAAAUUCUACCAAUUUUUCUGAUUUA